AUGACAGAAAUAGCAAAUCUUCUACAGGUUCCAUUAAAACAAGGGACAAACAAAAGGGGUGCAUAUAAUAGAACUAUGAAAGUUCCAGACGGAAUGAAAGAAUUAGUUCAUAUUGUUGCCGGUCUUCAAAAAGAUGUUAAACAUGACACAAAUGCGAAAUCAAACAAUCUACCAGUUGCCGGUCUUCAAAAAGAUGUUAAAUAA